UGCCGGCGGAGACCCUGGCGAUGCCCAAGGGAGGUCAGGAGCGUCGGGUCCGAAUUCUCCUUCCGGCCCAGGCCUGUUAUUUACGCUGCGUGGCGCACGCAAGCGACUUGCACGUGCCCCGGGAGCAUUAGCUGCUUAUUUACGUUCAGCAGACGCCGAUAUUCAGGUCUACGUGAGGGUAACGCCACCUCUAUGAACCAGCAGCACGCGUGGGUAAUUGCUCCUUAAACACCCGGGGCUAACGGAGUCACCGGAGAUACAUCUCCCAUGCAAAAUCCAUUGCCGCAAUUCUGAGUCCGCCAGAGAUUCCUCUCACGGAAGCACCGUACGGCGAGUCUCUGCUCCUGAAAUCUGCUCGUGAUCAGAAACGCACCCACGUAUAAACGCGGCGCCAUUUUCCACGCGCUCCCGAGCAGCGCCCGGCGGGCACGGCGCCUCUCCUCUCCCGCUUCGGCAGCCACUGAGAGCAGAGGGCCGGCACCGCCAUUCUGUUCCGAGCUCCGAGCACAGCGGAGGAACGGAGAGAGCGCAGACUGACAAACGUGCCGCUUAUGCGGGGAGCGAACGUGGCAAAAGGGUACACGGCGUGACAAGGCAGCCCUUUGUUCGGGGGAACGGAGGCCAACCUGCGCUGCCCGCGCUCCCGCGAGGCCCGCCACUCAUCCCCCAACCUCCGCCGGAAGCAGCCGCGCCGGGAGGGGCGGGGCUGCGUGGCGGCCAUGGCGGCGUGCGGCGCGGAGGAGAGGCAGCGGGUGGGACGGCUCUCGGCGCUUACGGUGUACCGCCGGGCGGCGGGGCCAGGGCGACUGGAGCGGCGCCUCCGCGGGACGCCGCUGCCUGCGGGCGGUAAGCGGAAUAAAGCGCGGCUGAGGCGUGGCGCGGCAGGAGGAGGCGGUCCGGAGUGGGCUGCGCCGCCGCAGAGCGCCGCCGUCCCCAACCGCGUGGAGCGGGCCGGGAGCCCCGAAGCCAAGCAGGGAGACCUUAAGACGAAACCGAGCGGCUCUCCGGCCAAAGCUGCGACCAACGCUCCGGCCGGAAACCUCGAAACCAAGUCGCUCGGAGGCCCUUUGACAAUCUCGGGCGGUUCGCGGGCCAAGACUCCGGUCGGGAACCCCGAAGCAAAGCCGCCCGGAAGCCCCGCAAAGAGCCCGGGCGGCGGAGGCGUGUUGGGGCUGCUGCGGCGGCUGGGGCGGCUGGAGGACAGCCGGCGGAGGGCGGCAGAGCUGUUCCGGUGGCUGGUGGCACCGGUGGCACCGGAGGAGUUCGCGAGGCGGCACUGGGAGCAGGCGCCGCUGCUCGUGCAGCGGAGUGAUCCCGGCUACUACGCGGGGCUGUUCUCCACGGCUGACUUCGACGCCAUUCUGCGCAGCGGUGAUGUGCGCUUCGGGACCCACCUGGACGUGACCAGCUAUGCUGAGGGGGUGCGGGAGACGCACAACCCCGUGGGCCGGGCGCUGCCUGCCGUCGUCUGGGACUUUUACCAGAACGGGUGCUCUCUGCGGCUCCUCAGCCCCCAGGCUUUCUCCACCACUGUCUGGCACUUCCUCUCUGUCCUGCAGGAGCACUUUGGGAGCAUGGCUGGGGCCAACACCUACCUCACGCCACCAGGCACACAGGGCUUCGCCCCUCACUACGACGACAUUGAGGCCUUCGUUCUGCAGCUGGAGGGCAAGAAGCACUGGCGCAUUUACGGCCCCCGGACGAGCUCAGAGGCACUGCCCCAGUUCUCCAGUGCAAACCUCACGCAGGCGGAGCUCGGUGAGCCCCUGCUGGAAGUGGUGCUGGAGGCUGGAGACCUCCUAUACUUUCCCCGGGGCUUUAUCCACCAGGCCGACUGUCUGCCAGAUGCACACUCGCUCCACAUUACAGUGUCCUCCUAUCAGAGGAACUCCUGGGGAGACUUCUUGGAGAAGCUUCUUCCUGCUGCACUGCAGAUGGCCCUGGAGGAGGACCUUGAGUACCGGCAAGGGCUUCCCAUGGACUGCCUGGGGUACAUGGGGGUUGCCAACUCAGAUGCCAUCGAUGCUCGCCGAACAGCGUUUGUGGAGAAGGUGCAGCACCUGAUAAAGAAACUUGUUGACUAUGCACCCAUUGACGCUGCCAUGGAUCAGAGGGCUAAGUCGUUUCUUCACGACUGUCUCCCACCAGUGCUUACACAAAGUGAGAAACAGCUGAGCGUGUAUGGCUUUCCAGCCCGGUGGCAUGAUGGAAGGCCCCGCAAUGUUGAUAUACUAAUAACAAAAGACACAGAAGUACGUCUUCUCCAUCAUGGCAUUGUUAGAUUGUGCAAUGAAGAAGCAGGCAUGAUGCUAUAUUACACAACAGAAAACUCAAGAGUGUAUCAUAAGGAAGACCCCAAGUACCUUGAGAUAGAUCCUGAGUACACAGACAGUAUUGAAUUUCUCCUGUCCUCCUAUCCAAACCACGUCAGCGUGGAUACCCUCCCAUGUGAUGCCUUGGAGGACAAGAUUUCUCUAGCUACGCUCCUGUUUGAGAAGGGCAUUCUGACUACUAAGAAGCCACUGGUGCAAGUGUAACUCUUAUUUUUUAACAAAAUAAAAAUGCAUUUGUUUAGAAAA